AGGAGGUCGGGAGCCUGGAAAGAAGGAGUGCCUAGUGCUGGCAGGGGUGGCCAGGGCUGUGGAGAGAGCCAGGUCUCUGUGAGCUCAGGAGAAUCAUCUAUGGACUGGGAAGGCUACAAAUGGCUAACAGGGAGUUAAUACCCAAGGAAAUGAAAUUGGAAGACAACUACCCUUGGAUCAAAUUGAACUCAGUGAAUCAGCAAGACUGGCUAAUGGGGUCACCGACACCAUGAAGAAGCAUAAAGUCUUUUUCUUAUCUCUUGUGUAAGGGGGGAAAAAAGACGUCAAUUUUUUAAAAAAAGAGAAAAAAAAUCAACAAAGUUCAACAUAUGUAAGAUUCAAUUCCCAUAGUCCACUACCUCUUUAAAGAAAUGGGAAAGGUUUAAAAAAUUCACUUGCGUGGUGCUUCCUGACCAAUGGAGAACUAUUUCCAAGCAGAGGCAUACAACCUGGAUAAGGUUUUAGAUGAAUUUGAACAGAAUGAAGAUGAGACAGUUUCUCCUGCAUUAUUGGAUAAGAAAUGGAAUCAGCUUCUAGACCCUCAUCUGCUGUCGUUUAGCCCAGCUCUGGCCAGUGUGAAUGAAACAGCAAUUCCAAGUGAGUCACAGCGGACACAGAAAACCUUCUCCCAGGCUCGCUCCCCGCUCCUUCCAUCUGUGGAAGGAGGGGACCGCUGUCCGAAUGGAAGAGCGAGUGCUAUAAGCCCAGAGACCUCCACCAUGUGCACUGAAGAUGAGGCUACUUCAGAAGAGCAGCUGAUGAAGAGCAGCAGCGACUGGGAUGGUCAGUGUGAUGCUGUGGACGCGGGAGAGGAGAGACUUGGGAAUAGAGACAAUCUGCCUGAAGAGAAAGACAUUCUUGUGGUAGCUGUCAUGCAUAACUGUGACAAAAGGACUCUGCCAAGUGCUAAUUUACUGGAUUGUCAUGACUACAAUAGCCAUUCGCUGAUGGAUACCAUUAGCUUUACACUGGAUAAUGAAAAUAGGCAAAGUGAUCCCUUUAGUGUUACUAUCAAUGGGGCCGAUGAAAAAGACAUGAACACAGAGAAACCAGGGGUCCAGUUGAACCAGCUGCAUGUCGAGGAUGAUCCUGUUAGCCAUCUAUGUAAUGCUUCACCAGAGAGUCACUCUAAUGUCUGUUCUGUUUCUCAUUUAAAAGAUGAUAUUAAUACAAGUAGAGACACUCCCAUUUUAGGAACUGCAAGUGGAGGGACCAGUGCAGUGAUCUUAUCACAGAGAACAACUGAAGGUCCUGCCACUGAUGUGCAGGGGAGUUGUAUACCAGUUGAGGCUUCUGCUGGGAAAACCAGCUCUCCCAGGACAGAGUUAGAGACUACAAAUUGCUUUACCCAUUUGAAUGAGAGAGUUUUGAUGGAAGAGGAGCCUCCAGAUGAGAGAACAGCUGGUGAACCCUUCCAGUCUGGGCUACCUCCGUUUCCUGACCCUGACCAGCUGAAUGUCUCUGAAAGGGAUGAUUGCUGUGAGCAGGUUUCAUGUGGGCUUGCGCCUAAUGAGACCAAGGGAGAUGAAAGCAAAAGUUGUGAACUUGGACAUCCUCCGGAUACAACAGAAUCACUCAGUACGCUGGGCCACUUCUCAGUGUCUGAGGAGGUGACUAAACUAAUGAGUAACAGCCCAACAAGUGGACAGAGUGAGAGGCUUCUGCCGAGGAGCCAGCCUGAGGAGGCUUGUAGUGAUAGUGGGGAAAAUGGGGAGGCAAUGGCAGAGUCAGGGGUCCCUUUAAAAGGAGCUUGUGUAGAGGAGCUUGAGGGCUAUGGCUUCCCUGCUGUUCUGGACAUGCCAGCAGCAAAUUCUCUGUCUAAUGGUUGUGAUUCCUAUGGAAUGCUAAACCCAGUUAUUGCUUGUAUUCCAAAGACUUUACCCUCCAAGGAAGAUUCAGUCACAGAGGAAAAGGAAAUCGAGGAAAGUAAAUCAGAAUGCUAUGUGAAUGUUUAUGAGCAAAGAGGAAAUGAGGCCCCAGAAGGGAAUGGGCUUAUCUUAAGCAGCACUAGUGACCAAAUGAAAAAAAACUAUGUUCGUAGUCUCUGUAGUCAGGGCCCAUCUGUUCAGGGGCAGCUAUCCCCUCAAGUAGUAGCUAACGUGCCACCCAUCAGUGUUCCCUUCGGUGGUGCCAGACCGAAGCAACCAACCAAUCUCAAGCUUCAGAUUCCAAAGCCAUUGUCAGAACAUUUACAGAAUGACCUUCCUCCUCACAGUGGCACUAAUGCUAAAAAUAAAAAUGAUGUGUUUGGGAAAGCAAAGUUAGGGGAAAACUCAACAGCAGCUAUAUUCCCUAAUGAGACACUUCAUUCCUCUAUUGCUGAUGCAAAUGGGGACCUUGUAGAAGAUUAUGAGGCUGUGGUCGCUAGUAGUCCGUGCCUUGCAGCAGUCUCAGAUAGCCCUGAUAAUGAUCUGAGAGCCGGUCAGUUUGGUGUUCCUACCAGAAAGCCGUUUACCACUCUGGGCGAAGUGGCUCCCGUGUGGGUCCCGGAUUCUCAGGCUCCGAACUGCAUGAAAUGUGAAGCUAGGUUUACUUUCACCAAGAGGAGGCAUCAUUGCAGAGCGUGUGGGAAGGUUUUCUGUGCUGCGUGUUGUAGCCUGAAGUGCAAGUUGCUAUAUAUGGAGAGAAAGGAAGCCAGAGUGUGUGUGAUCUGCCAUUCCGUGCUCAUGAAUGCUCAAGCCUGGGAGAACAUGAUGAGUGCCUCAAGCCAGAGCCCUAACCCUAACAAUCCUGCUGAGUACUGUUCUACUAUCCCUCCCUUGCAGCAAGCUCAGGCCUCAGGAGCACUGAGCUCUCCACCUCCCACUGUGAUGGUGCCUGUGGGAGUGUUAAAGCGCCCCGGAGCAGAAGUGGCUCAACCCCGAGAGCAAAGGCGAGUGUGGUUUGCCGAUGGGAUCUUGCCUAACGGGGAAGUUGCCGAUGCAGCCAAAUUAACAGUGAGUGGUCCUUCCUCCACGGGAGCCUUGGCUGUGUCGCAUGAGCCAGCCCAGCCAGUGAGCAGCAGUCCACUGGCAGCAGAGACUGAUAUUUCUGCGUUCUCGGGGAGUAUAACUCAGGUGGGAAGUCCUGUUGGAAGUGCAAUGAACCUGAUUCCAGAAGAUGGCCUCCCUCCCAUCCUCAUUUCUACUGGGGUCAAAGGAGAUUAUGCUGUGGAGGAGCGCCCUUCCCAGAUCUCCGUAAUGCAGCAGCUGGAGGAUGGCGGCCCUGACCCACUGGUGUUUGUUUUAAAUGCAAAUUUGCUGUCAAUGGUUAAAAUUGUUAAUUAUGUGAACAGGAAAUGCUGGUGUUUCACUACGAAGGGCAUGCAUGCAGUGGGGCAGUCAGAGGUUGUGAUCCUUCUUCAGUGUUUGCCUGAUGAGAAGUGUCUGCCCAAGGACAUCUUCAGUCACUUCGUGCAGCUCUAUCGGGAUGCGCUGGCAGGUAAUGUCGUCAGCUGUCUGGGACACUCCUUCUUCAGCCAGAGUUUCCUGGGCAGCAAAGAACAUGGUGGAUUCUUGUAUGUCACAUCAACUUACCAGUCAUUGCAGGACCUGGUGCUCCCAACUCCACCAUACUUAUUUGGGAUUCUUAUCCAGAAGUGGGAAACUCCUUGGGCAAAAGUAUUCCCCAUCAGACUAAUGCUGAGGCUUGGAGCAGAAUACAGACUUUAUCCAUGCCCUCUGUUUAGUGUCAGAUUUCGGAAGCCAUUGUUUGGAGAAACAGGACACACGAUCAUGAAUCUUCUUGCAGACUUCCGAAAUUACCAGUACACGCUGCCCGUGGUUCAGGGUUUGGUGGUUGACAUGGAAGUGAGGAAAACCAGCAUUAAAAUCCCCAGCAACAGAUACAAUGAGAUGAUGAAGGUCAUGAACAAGUCCAAUGAGCACGUGCUGGCUGGAGGAGCCUGCUUCAACGAGAAGGCAGACUCCCACCUUGUGUGCGUCCAGAAUGACGAUGGCAACUACCAGACUCAGGCUAUCAGCAUCCACAACCAGCCGCGAAAGGUCACUGGGGCCGGCUUUUUCGUGUUCAGCGGAGCUCUGAAGGCCUCCUCCGGAUACCUUGCCAAGUCCAGCAUCGUAGAAGAUGGAGUCAUGGUCCAGAUAACUGCCGAAAAUAUGGACUCCCUGAGGCAAGCGUUGCGAGAGAUGAAGGACUUUACCAUCACCUGUGGGAAAGUGGAUGCAGAGGACCCUCAGGAGCACAUCCACAUUCAGUGGGUGGAUGAUGACAAAAACUUCAACAAAGGUGUGGUCAGUCCUAUCGAUGGUAAAUCCAUGGAGUCCAUAACAAGUGUGAAGAUAUUCCAUGGCUCAGAGUAUAAAGCAAAUGGAAAAGUCAUUAGGUGGACAGAGGUGUUUUUCCUGGAAAAUGAGGAUCAGCACAAUGGCCUGAGUGACCCUGCAGAUCACAGCCGGCUGACAGAGCAUGUGGCCAAAGCCUUCUGCCUCGCCCUCUGUCCCCACCUGAAGUUGCUCAAGGAAGAUGGAAUGACUCGACUGGGACUGCGGGUGGCCCUGGAUUCCGAACAGGUUGGCUAUCAGGCCGGCAGCAAUGGGCAGCCUCUGCCUGCCCAGUACAUGAAGGACUUGGACAGCGCCUUGGUGCCUGUGAUUCAUGGGGGUGCCUGCCAGCUCAGCGAGGGGCCCCUGGUCAUGGAACUCACCUUUUAUAUCCUGGAGAACAUCUCCUAAGAGACUCGUGACAGCAGCAGUUGUACCCGAAUCAUUUGCACUUUAAAACUGGAACAUGAAGCUUUUGUUAACACUAAUUGGUGGGUUGGUGGGUGGGGGGAGGCAAGUGUUCCAUAGUCCUCAGUCUUCUCUGCAUUGUCCCGAGAAGGUCAGGGUAGCUCCUCAGCUCCACACAGCUACGCCGUCCCCGCCGCUAAUCCACUUCUGUUACUGUGUAGACAAGGAUACCCAAGUCCCUCGCCUAUGUUUUCAGACUUCACUGGGGAGGGGGUGCAGGGGGAGGAAAUAAAAGAUAAAACACCAGCCUUGCACUCUUUGUCCAGGGAUGGCCCGAUGCCUGCACCCUCCCGGCCCCACCACGUCAGUGGUUACGCUGUAGACGUUCGUCAGAAAGUCACGUUCACCUUUCUGUGGCCCACUUCCUGGCCAGAGUGAGUCCCGGAGCUGCGGGGCCGUCUGUCCACGUGGAGAUGCCUGGGAAGGACACCUCGCCGUCUGUGGGUCGUGGACAUCGGCAUCAGCAAGCAUCUGCACGUUGGGACAGUCUCUGAGCGGGGCUCGGGGAAGGCAGACUGAACGUCAGGAAAACGGGUUCUGUGGGAUCUGCCCUCAGUACUUUCUUUAACCCCUUCCCUGCUGUCCCUGGCUCCCCCCUGCCCCAGGGCAGCUCUCUUUGUCCUGGAGGCCAUGCUUCAUCAGAAUCAAUGCCUGGCUCUCCCCUCUGGGGCCCAGACUAAAGAAAUGUCUCUCCUUGAGUGCACUUGGUUCCUGUGCUUUGUCCAUCCUUAGUGAAAACAGAAUUAUUAAUCACUCAGCUUCUUUGCAGGGACCAGGGUGUUCUUGUGCCCACAGGUUGCAGAGGGGCCCCCUGGGGUGUGAUGCUGAGUCAGGAGAGAGAAGCCCAGCUCCCCUGCUCACUAGCCCCAUGGAUCUAGGCAGAUUGCUCCCCCCCAGCCCUCCCUGCCUCAGUUUCUUCACGUCCACCUGCCUGACCGUGUAGUGAAAACAGAACAUUGUAAGCCCCCAGGCCUCUGGAAGUGGGGGUUGAGGUCACCCCAUCCCAAGAGGCUUGUUGGGCAGAAGCUGGCAGGCCAUCAGGGGCAGUUGGUCUUUGGACCGCGUGGCCUCCGGGGGCCUGCAGCCAGGCUCAGUCACUUUCUUCCCUGCUGAGCCUGGGCCCAUUCUUCAGCCCCUCCAUUAGUGAUUGCAGCCUAGAGCAAUGCUGCCCCCUAGAGGAAGCAGCUGAGAGCAGGACCGGAGGCUCGUGCUGGGCCCAGCAGCCGCUGCCCUGGCGUGCUCCCUGGGAGGAGUCCAGAGGCCAGAGUAGGCGUUGAUGGCAAUGGCUACGAUGCCUUGGCCUUUAACUCUUAGAGUUCCAGCGAUGGCUCGUGUUUCUCCCGCUUUCGGAAAUCCACAGAGCUCAUACCAGUCACUUGUGAAGGAUUAUUAGGGCAGUUACUUUUACUGGAGCCUGCCUUUGAGAAAAAGAACCCAAGAGAGGUGAAGUCAUUAACUUCACAACAGGGUGUAAAGAAGAGCUGAAGCUUGGGCAUUGAGACCCUGAGAUGAGGGCUCCUUCUGUCCCACCACCAUCACGUGGUUGGCACGCAGCCUCACUGUACCCACCCUUCCCAAAGCUCGGCAUGUUCACGUUGUCAGGGUUGUUUGUCAACCCACUGAUUGUACAGCCCGGUCAGUGAAGUUCAGGGUUACACAAGGUACCCGAUAUUAAAGCUGCUGUGUUUGAAACCAAAUCUGCAGUAGCACACAUAAGCAAAGAGCUCUAAGGGGAUCUGGGUGGAAUCCAGUCCAUCCCAUAUUGAAAAAAGAAUCCUCACUAUAAUACUCCCAACAAGUGAUAGGUAAGUAGGUUGAUAGAGCAUUUCUUGAAUAUUUACUGUGUGCCAGGCACUGUGCUAACAAGUUGUCGUCGAGUCAUUUCAGGACACUCUGUGACCCCAUUUGGGGUUUUCUUGACAAAGAUCCUGGAAUGGUUUGCCAUUUUCUUUUCCAGCUUA